CGAAGACUGUCAGUAUCAAGUAGUAUCUGAGCGUGCGAGGGCCGCGCUAACGUCAUGUAUUCAGCGUUACCUGCGCGCUAGCGAGAGUGAAGUGAUAGUGUGUGUGUGUCGUCUUUGCACUGGACCAACUGCUAAAAAGGCCACAAUUUGUAUUGAUACGGAUUCCUACUGACUUGACACCUUAGUUUUUAAGAUGUACACUCAAGCAAGGCUGUGGAUACUACUAGCGGGAGUGGCAGUUCUGCUGGGCCAAUCGGAGAGUUUGCGGGGUUCAGCUCUUGUAGCAGAGUUGAAGGCUAAAGCAAAGGCUGCUCUACUCAACCCCACUGAAAUUGUGGAGGAGGUAGUGACAGUAGAGACAGAUGAAGCUGGCAACGCUACAUCUCCCACUAAUGUCACCAUCACCAAACCCAAGAGCCUGCUCACAGGAAACCCACAGAAAGACUACAUAUAUGACCCCAACCUUCCCAGGGAGCUCAAUGGUUAUAACCUUUCCAGUUACCCUUUCUACAACGGGGUCCCAGCAGACAUUGAUUUCAAAUGUGACGAUCUCCAUGAUGGAUUUUACGCCAGUGUGCCACACAAGUGUCAGGUUUACCACCACUGUUUGUUUGGCACAAGGUAUGAUUUUCUCUGUGCCAACUACACAGCUUUUGACCAAAGGACAUUCAUAUGUCACUUUGUGUCAGAAGUGGAUUGUGACAAUUCGCCCAAAUUUUUCCAAAGGAAUGAAGCUCUUUACAAGGCUGCGUCAACCUCUCCUCCUAUAGUGAUCACAACUACUACCACAACAACAACACCCGCGCCAACAACACCAGCUCAGCGGCCAUGGCGCAGACGACCCUACCGCAGGCGCCGGCCUGUCUACGAGUACUACUAUGAUGAUCAGUACGAAGAUGAGGAGUAUUAUGAUGAUGAACCUCCUCCUCCUCGCAGAAAAAACAAUCGGAAACACCGUCCUCAAGGAUCUCAUAAUGAUGAGGAAGGUGACUACUAUGAAGGAGGAAGGCGUGAAAGCUCAAGGUCCGAUAGCUCGCGAAGCAGCAGUUCCUCUAGAAGCGACAAUUCUAGAGGGGAUGGUGGAGGGGAAUCUUCCAAGGAAACUAAACCAACUGUGCGUGUAUCUGGACCUGCAGCUGGUACAGUAUACGAUCGACCAAGAGUUCCUCCUAAAAUUCGUAGACCUGUUCCAAUUCAUGAAAGAGACAAAUAUGAUUAUACUGCAAAAUCAACUGAUGUAACUCCUUCUCCAACUGAUAACCCGAAAAAAGGUUCAAAACCACAGAACAAGCAUGAAGAAGAAGAUGAAGAAUAUUAUGACUACGAGUAUGAGGAAGAUUAUGUAAAGCCACCACCAAAAAGAGGUAAAGGUGGAAGUGAUAGUAAUGAAAAAAGUAGUUCCCGACGACCGAGUGGGCGCCACAGACCAAGACAAAAUACUCGUAGACGACCUGAACGAUACGACGAUGAUUAUGAAGAUGAUAGACCGGUAAGACCAAGAAAAAGACAACGAUAUGAAGAACCAUCUCAGAUGGGCAGAGGAAAUCGAGGGGGUAAUAGAGGAUAUUCCAGAGAAGAACCAGAUCCCGUUCCAGCAGAGAGACCUGGAUUUAUCUCCACUAGCAGAUUAUCAUCUGGUGGUAGGAAAAGAAAUGAGGAAGAUAAGCCUCAGCCUAGUAACAAAAAGACUUAUACAGCACCUGUUUAUGACGAGGAAGAAGAAGAAGAAUAUUAUGAUGAUGAAGAAGGAGAUGUUGGAGAUGAUGAAGAAAACAGGAGAGUGCAGAAACCCUCUACUGAAAGUAUUAAGAGUAGGCAUGCAGAUGAUUAUGACUCUAAUAAUGGAAGAAAAUCAGGUAGAAAACCGCUUGACAACACUACUACAUCUAAACCACCAACAAAAAACCAUGCAAAUUCUCAGCCUAGAAUGAAACAGCAAGAAGAUGUUAAACAGUUGGAAAGUAAUAAAUCUAGUAAGAGACCAAAGCCUGACUCAGCUUCAUUCUCAAGAGACAAUGAUGAAUCAGGCUGUAGACGCCAUAGUUGUGAAGAAGAUUACUCAGAUGACUCAACAGAGAACUCAAGCGAAAAAAAGUUAAAGCAAGUCAGUGCAAAUGAUCGAAAUAAUGAAAGGGAUGUCCAAAUUUCAGGUAAUGAGAGGGAAAGGUUAUUUUCCAGUAGAUUUCGAGACUCUGUAAAUGAUUCCAAAUCAAAACAACAAACCUCUGAUACAACUGGCCCAGGAAGAACCCCUGCUUAUCAUAACCUUAGAAGCACUACGCAAAAUCCUCAGUCUCAGCAGAGGUUUAAGCCGUCAUUUAGAGGAAACCAAAAUUCAGAUGAUUACUUUUCUCAAGAAGAAACAACGCCCACAAAUGUAGCCUUACCAUCCUCAGAUUCUUCUGAUGAGACUAAGGCCAACAAACAUCCAAAUUUCCGAUCAAAAGGAAGAAUCAUACCCCCAACUCCACUAUUAGAUAAUUACAAACCUGUUCAAAUCACAGAGCAACCUCCUGAAUCAACUAAUAACAAUCAGGAGCCUGACCAUGAAUCGACUUUAGAUAGCUCAUUUGAUUUGAAUUCUGAUAAAUCAGUUUCACCCAGGCCUUUUAGUGGUGGACAAAGAAGACCAGUAAAGCCUGUUACAGAAACAAUGCCAUUAGACGAAGAGUCAGCUUCACAAAAAACUCCCUAUACAGGAUUUAAUUACAGGCAAGCACAUCCCAUAGUCGACGAAAAUGAAAGACCAUUCAGAAAACAAGGAAAUCCAGCUCAAAACUACAGGCGCGUUAAAGUUGAACCUUCUCAGUUUGAAGCAGAAGAUGGAAAUCAAUCAAAGCAGUCUACUGUUGGAAAUAAUUUCAGGAGGCCAAACAAACCAGUAGAAGAAGUUAAGCCAGAGGAUAUCUCUUACGAUCAAGUAGGCAAGCAAGAUGCAGAGGAGAAUGUUGGAGAGGAGGACAACCCACCACUUACUGAUAAAGCGCAGUUGGGACUAGGUAAUGGUGGUGCAUAUAGACGUGUAAAAGUAAGUAGCAAUCAAUCUCCAGUUUCUGGGGGUGAGGGUUCAAUGACAGCCAAUGAGUCACCUCAAUCUUAUCAAGGAGCUCAACCUUUACCUGUCGUGAAUUAUAAAAGGCCUUUCAUGGUAACUAGACCUUUAAGUAAUUAUCCAGUAGUGGUUGAAGAUACCACAAAAAAUAGCCUCAUUGGUAAUGGGGCUAAUAGGAGACCAGUAAAGCAAAAGAGUCCAGCAAUAGAAAGUCAAUCCCAGUUAGAUGACUAUAACGCACCAUCAGCCAUUGGAGUUGGUGAAAGUUAUCAAAAGGUUGAACCGAAUUCAGGAAUUAAUGUGAGACCAGCACUAGGAUACUAUGUACCCAAACGUGCCAAAGUAAAAAUAGAGGAAAAUUCUCAAAAAGAUUUAGAUCAAUAUCCAAAGCAACUGAACCAGGCAGAGCAAUUUUCCAAACAAUCACCGAGAGUAGAAAUUACUGCUCCCGGACCAUCUGCUCCCGAUACAGACAUAGCAACUGUUAAGUCGAUCUACAAGAACAAUUAUAAUGGUGGACCUCCUGGUUUCACUUUGGAUAUACCAGAAGAAGAGUAUGAUGUUACAUUAAAUGAUGCUUUACAACCAUCUACAUUACACCCUACAAGGAGUUUGGUGGACUAUCAACAAACAAGACUAAAGCAACGAGAUUACCAGACAAAUAUCGGACGAACCCCAGAAUAUCGUGGAAGAGUAUCCUACCUCCUCCCUGCUGCAUCACAACAGUAUGUUUCCAGAGUUCAAAGUGUUUACGCCACAGAGAAACAAGAAGAAAAUCCAAUCACCGCAAGGUAUACUAGUGAAAAAGAUAACAAAAAAACAGUGCCACUGGACCAGGAAGAAUAUGAGGCUGUAGUGUUGACUGCUCCGUCCGACCAAUGGCCUAACCAGAGGAGAAAUAGACCCACCGAAUGGUACUGGUAAAGUUGUCUUUCACACCCACUCUCUGGUGAAAAUCGAUUUUCAAGAAUGAAAGUACAAAAUUGUGUAAAAAUGAUCUUAUUCAUGUCAUUGUAAACAUAUAACAUGUUGUCUAUUACAGGCAACAAUUUUUUUUAUAAAGUGUAAAUUUGUUUAAAGAGAUUUGAUUUUGUUUUAUUUAUUUAUUUGGUUUAUGACUGAACAUAAAUACUCACACUAUUUGACUGAAUUUUGAGAAGGACUAGAGAAUACAUGUAAUAAAUGAUAAAAUGAAGUAUUUUCAAUGCUACAAUGAAGACGGACAUAUGUUCUGUCUCUCUGACUGUGUAAAGACAGAAAUCAUGACUGUUUUAAGUAAUUGUGACAAUUAAAAAUAAGUGUGUAUCCUUUAAA